UCCCUCCUUCAUAUUUACUCCCCCCUUUCCAGCCGUUAGCGCUCUCUCGUUCCGAUUCGCCACUGCCGCCGCCCUAAACAUCCCCCUCCCCUCCCCCUCUCCUCUCCCCGCGACGGAGGAGCACGGAUCGGCGGCCAGGUGAGGUAGAUCGGAGCAGUAUAAGAAAUUUUCUGCCAAGGUUGGUUAGUUGAUAACAAGCACGCAGGCACAAUGGCUGCUGAAGUUGGGCAGCCGUUCAGUGGAUGGACGCACUCAGAUUCGCCCUACAACGACCUCUGCACACAGGACGAUUCAGUUCAGAAAAUGGUACUUGAUCAUGGUUCGGUAUCAUUUGGUAGAUUUGCAGAAGAGUCUUUGUCAUGGGAGAACAGAUCAGUAUUUGAACACAACAGACGUCAGGAGGAGAUAAGCAAACUCACACUGCCUGGUUUAGUUGCACAGAAGAAGGCAUUUUUUGAAGAAUAUUACAAGAGGAAGGCUCAGAAAGCUAAACUUCUCACCGAAGCCACAUUGGAAGAAAGGAGUGAUGGCGACACUCUGGACCAUAGCAUGCAGGAAGAUAAUUCACAUGCAGUUGUUCCCGAAGAUCCUGUGGAUACUGCUCCAAGCUCCAGUUGUCAACCAUCUACUGGAGUGAGCUCAUCGGAUGAGAAUAAACGCUAUGAACCCCAUGGGCUAGGAUACUUGACAUUCAAUCCUCUGUUUUCUCGGAUAACAGGGUCGCAAGGUAUUCAAGAUGAGGAGGCAUCUAGUACUGCUCAAAAUCAACAUGUUGAUGGUGAGUUUCGGUGCGCUACGCGCACGAGUAGUAAACAUGGUCUCAACCAGGAAACCGUGGACAGAAAGGUUCUUGCACCAAAGCAUGUGGUUUCAACUGAUUAUGGUGAAAGUAAUGUUGCUGCGUCGAGAAUUAGCUUGCCUAUAGCAAGUUUGAAAGCUGGUGUUAAGAAACAGGAGCCAAGAAAGAGCAUAGCGGCAGCUGUCAUUAACGGGUUGACAAAGGGGGCCAAGGACCCAUCAAGUUGUCUUAUCCAAAUUCCGAGAGUACAUUUAAGAAGAAACUCAGAAAACAUGAACUCUGAAGGCUUAAAGGAUCCUUUCCACAAGAGGGUUGAGAUGAAAUUGCGUGCUUUAUCUGAUAGGAUGAGUGCUGAGAAAGCUGCUGCCUCUUCUAGAUCUUCUCCGUAUCAAAAUGCUGAUAGAGCUGCCAUUUCUUCCAGAUCUGCUUUGUGCCAGAACACUGAUAGAGUCAUUGCACCAUCUAAAUCAGCUACACAAGCUUCUCACAAGUUUUUGAAAGAAGUACAGCCUGCAGCUACCCUUCCUCGUACAAAUUUCUACAACAAGGGAUUGUCUGUUUCUCAUGUUGCCUCUAGCAACAGCAGUAAUACUGGGAAGCUGGCUACUAGAAGCUCAGUUAUGCCCAAUUCACUUCAAAAUAAUGCAAAACCCUUGCAGGCUGCUCAGGUCGCAUCGAAAAGAGGCGCAGGUCUUACCAGUACAAGCAAUGGAUCGCAGAACAAAAGGAAGCAGCUGAGCACACCAGCGGCAUCAGUUGGAAGUAGCCGGAUUAGAGGAUCUAUGCACAUAUCUGCACCAACAAGUGCAAGAAGUAGCAGCAGCGGCAUCCGACCUUACAAAGCUGCAAAGGCACCCCGGAUUUCGAACGGGAGGAACGCAGCGGUUAAGACUGAAAUGAUGCAGAAGUCCACAACAUAUGAAACCCAUUCUGUUGGAGGAAGGAAUGCUUUGUCAGAAGUUACUGUAAACGGCAACGAACAAAACAGAAAGGUAAUCUUGUCGCGUGAUGGCAAGAGGAGCAACCUGGCGUGUAAGAGCAAGCCAAGACAGGAGAGGCCGCGAUGGCGAUGACGCGCCACUUGACGAGCAGUUUGAGAUGCGCGAGUUGGCACGGUUACUUGGUUGUAUUGUUGUCCAAGGGCCUUCUCUGAACCUCGGUAUAGUAUUAAGGCUGUAUGUUAGGCAUGAUGUUUUGCUGCUGCUUGUGACCUCUAUUCUACCAUGAGGCAUGAUAUAUAAUUCUUGUGUCGAGUCCAGAGCAAAGAAAGAACAUGGAAGGCAGCGCUGUUUCGCCA